CGAGCAGUAGCCACCCAUGGUCCUCUCCUCCAUCUCCGCCAACGCGCGCCCCAGCGCGAGCCGUUCGCGCGGGCAGCAAAAGUCGCCGUGCACGCGCUCGCAGACCCGCAUCACCGCCGCCGAGGCGCCCGCGCCCGUGGACGAGCUUCCGGACGAGCUGCUCGUGCACGCGCUCUGCCACCUUGCUCGCACAGAGGCGGUGCCCGGCGGGCUCGAGCCCGGCGAGUCGCUGCUGCAUCCCGGGCGGGACGCGAUCGUCCUCGGGCCCUCGUCGCGCGCCAUGCGCGCCUGCGCGCGCACCUCCUCCGUCUCCCGGCGCUGGCGCGCUCUGGCGCAGGCGACGCCGCCGUGGAAGCAGCUGCACGACCUGUCCCACCCCGACGGCGCGCUCGACUGGGAUCAGUUCGGCGUGGUGCCUGACGACGCGGGCGGCAAGACGUGGACGGCGAGCUCCACCAGCCGCGAGGAGGGCAAGCAGGACCAGUGGCACACCGUCGAGACCGAGGGGGGCGAGCGGUUUGUCAUGCUGAUCCGGAAAUGCAGCGAGGAGGGCAUCUCUUACGACGUGGUGCGCUGGAUCGGCUGCCUGCAGGGCAUGCACCACCCGUGCAUCGCCGCCCUCAAGCUCGUGAGCGCGGUCCACGAGGAGCCGGUGCUCGAGAGGGACCCCGCCGCGGGCGAGCCGCCGCCCGGCAUCACGCACGUCAACGCCGGCUUCGAGUACGCCGACACGUCCAUGCAGAAGGUCGUGUACGGCACGCUGGAGCGGACGUCGCACACGGUCCUCGGCCGCGCGCUGCCGCCGCUGAUGAUGCGCUCGUGGCUCUACCAGGUC